AAGACAGAAUUCAGGCGCCAGGAGAAGAGGGCAAAGAGGCUCCGGGUGGGUAUUUUGUGACAAAGGCAAGACCCCAGGUUUGCUUAGAGCAGGUGAAGGAGGCAGCCAGGUGGGUCCCCACGUCUCCCAACAAUAUGGAUUAUAAGUCAAGCCUGAUCCCGGAUGGGAACCCCAUGGAGAACCUGGAGAAGCAGCUGAUCUGCCCCAUCUGCCUGGAGAUGUUUACCAAGCCGGUGGUCAUCUUACCGUGUCAGCACAACCUCUGCCGAAAGUGUGCCAACGACAUCUUCCAGCAGGCUGCAAAUCCCUACUGGACCAGCCGAAGUGGCUCGGUGUCCAUGUCCGGAGGCCGUUUCCGCUGUCCCUCCUGCCGCCAUGAGGUGAUCAUGGACCGUCACGGAGUGUACGGCCUGCAGAGGAAUCUGCUGGUGGAGAACAUCAUUGACAUCUACAAGCAGGAGUGCUCUAGUCGGCCCCUGCAGAAGGGCAGCCACCCCAUGUGCAAGGAGCACGAAGAUGAGAAAAUCAACAUCUACUGCCUCACGUGCGAAGUGCCCACGUGCUCCAUGUGCAAGGUGUUUGGGGCCCACAAGGCUUGUGAGGUGGCCCCGCUGCAGAGUGUCUUCCAGGGACAGAAGACUGAGCUGAGUAACUGCAUCUCCAUGCUGGUGGCAGGGAACGACCGCAUGCAAACUAUCAUCACUCAGCUGGAGGACUCCUGUCGAGUGACCAAGGAUAACAGUCACCAGGUGAAGGAAGAGCUGAGCCAGAAAUUUGAUGUGCUAUACGCCAUCCUGGACGAGAAGAAGAGUGAGCUGCUGCAGCGGAUCACGCGGGAGCAGGAGGAGAAGCUCAGCUUCCUCGAGGCCCUCAUCCAGCAGUACCGGGAGCAAUUGGACAAGUCCACCAAGCUGGUGGAGACAGCCAUCCAGUCCCUGGACGAGCCCGGUGGGGCCAUCUUCCUCUUGAGUGCCAAGCAGCUCAUCAGAAGCAUUGUAGAAGCUUCCAAGGGUUGCCAGCUGGGGAAGACAGAGCAGGGCUUUGAAAACAUGGACUACUUCACUUUGAACUUAGAGCACAUAGCAGACACCCUGAGGGCCAUCGACUUUGGGACAGAUGAGGAAGAGGAAGAGUUAAUUGAAGAAGAAGAAGAAGAUCAGGAAGAGGAAGAGGCCACAGAGGGGAAGGAAGAAGCACACCAGUAAAAGGAGCUGGAUGAUGGAGAGACCCUCUAGAUGCAGAGAGACUGGGGAGGGUGGGGAUGGGCCCAGCUGCCUUGGUGACAGGCCCAGGGUGGGAGGGGUCGGGCCCCUGGAGGGGCAACGGGGAGGUGUGUCUUCUCUCUGCUCAGAGAGCAGGAACUAGGAGUAGGACCCCACCGCUGUGUCCAGCGUUGUGAACCAGAUUUGGAAACAUGCUUGAAACAACCAUACUAGAUACUUUUCUACGUUGGUGCAGAAUGGAAUAUUUUGUACGUUUUUAAAAUGUGAUUUUUGUAUAUACUUGUAUAUGUAUGCCGAUUUGGUGCUUUUUGUAAUGGAAAUUUUGUAUGAUAACGCCUGGUCAUUGUGUGACUGGCGAUUAUUAUAAAGAAGGGAAGGAAGCCAGGCUGAUACAGCUGCCCACUUCCUUCCCUUGGCAGGAGGGCUGGGUGGCCCUCACAGGCCUAGGAAGGGAUAACGUACUGUAUUUCAAUGUCAAUUCCUGACAUAAGGGACGGUAACCGAGUUUGUGUUAUAUGUUGUUUUAAUAAAUGCACAGCGCUUUCUUCUACUUAUUAUCCACAGA